AUGAGUGUUCAGGAUGUCAAGAAAUACUGGGAGCUGAAAGGGUUUUUUGUGUCUCUUCGGAGGAGUCUAGAGGACUGGCUGUACAAUGUCAAGCUUGAUAAACUUAAACCAUCAAGGAAUGCGAUGCUCAAGCGAUGCUACCAGGUUGUCUUCAGCCUCCCCUUUGAGUAUUUCAUCUACGCAUUGAUUGUCCUCAACAUCUUCCCCAUCAUCCUGGAGUUCAUCCCAGCGAUCAGUGAAAAACAUAACCUAGAACUCAGUAUUAUCAACUACAUUUUCUUCAGCGGCUAUCUUGUGGAGGCUAUACUGAAGGCUUUGGCCAUGAGGAAGGCCUAUAUCUUCAAUCACUGGAACCAGUUUGACCUCUUCAUUAUCGUCUUGGCUUGUGUUGACAUAUUCCUGGACCAUUAUUUAGAAACCACAGCAUAUGUUGUCAAUAUUCACAUGAUAAAAAUUGUGAAGGUGUCUAAAAUGAUCCGCCUUACCAGGGCACUUCGUUUGGUGAAGAUCAUCAUUCCCAAGCUCAUAGAAAUCAUAAACCGGCAGAUCCAUAAGCAGCUCAGCUUUGGGUAUGACAUCGGGAAAGGCUAUGUCAUCGGAGAGGAGCACAUAAGCAAGAUCAUUGACCAUAUCUCUGAUGACAAAAGCAUAUCUAAGAAAUUGAAAGUAAUACUGGAGAGAAACUGCCAGCAGGCUGUCAGGGAGAUUGGCUUGCUGCAGAGAGACCAUCCUGAGAUUGCCAUCUCGGUGAAGACCAGACAGGCCAUACGAGCCGUGCUGAACAGUGAGAGAGACGCCAUCCAUACACUAGUGUCCGGGGGGCUCUUAGAUGACAUAGAAGCAUCAAAGCUGGAGAAGAUGAUUGAAAUAAAAAUGAAGAAAUUGAUCAAAUUUCCACCAACAAUCCCAGCAGCAACAGCAGAGGAGCUUUUGCAGAAUUUGCCUUGGCUGAACAAAGACAGCACCCAGAUUCAGUUCAUCAAGACAGUGGCCAAGCUUCUUUUCUUUGACUUUGGAGACACCAUCAUACAAGAAAAUGAUGACCCUCAAGGAAUACACUUGAUUGUCUCUGGCCUGGUUAAGAUGACUGGAGGAAGCCCAAACCUUGGAGGCAAGAGGCCCAAGGAGAAGACCAGGCUGACAGACUACAGGAGCUGCGGGGCCAUCAUGGGAGAACUCAACUGUCUCACCCAGCAGUCUAUGGAGAUGACGGUCACCUGUGAGACAGCCACUCAGACCUGCUUCAUUGCUAUUGAAUCCCUGUUUGAGGCGUUUGAUGUUUUCCCUGAGUUCCCGUCUCUGGAGUAUAUGAUCUGGCGCUCCCUGGCAGUGAAAAUCAGCACCAGCACCUUCAUGGAGCACAUUAGCUAUCAGGGCUGGAGUUACCACAGGAUUUGUUCUCAUCUGGCCCGGGCCUAUCUGGUAGACGUGGAGGUGAACAGGAAGUUUGACGUGUACGACGGCACCAUGGAGGACGUGGUGGUGAUCUAUGGGAGUUGUGAUGACCUCGCGUCCCAAUGCUCCUACAACGCCCCAGCUCUCAUCAGCAGGACUACUCACCAGCAUCUAGAGAUGAUCGAUCAGGGCUGCUGA